UCACAAUAUUUUAGUCAAUAAGGAGUACGCAUCUAUUCAUUGUUUCAUAAGAAUAUUUAGUCACUAAUUAACGUCAUAAAUAAAAAUCACUGACAAACGGUUAUGACAUCAGAUAAAACUUUCGCCAAUUCUACUGUUUAAAUUUUUUCAUUUCGUUAGUGGUGCCACUUGUCAACAAAUAUUUAAUAGAUGCUUGAGUAAUUAGAAUUAACAGGUAGACCAAAAAUGGUGCUGAAACAUAUUAGUUCAAAGGAUUAUUCAAAGUCUCUCAAAGUAAAUAAAUAAUUUUCAAAAACCCCUUGUGCAUACCACAAGCAUCUUGCUUAUAAUUUAAGGAAAAAAAGGAUUUACAUAUCGAUUAAUUUACGUUUAAUCGAAAAUCGUGAAAACUUCGUACAUCUUCGGCGCGAUUUAUUGCCAAAAUUGAGCAUCUCUAAUAAGCUGCCUGAAAUAAAUAGUUUGCUUUGGAGUUCGUUUAAAAAUAUUACCGAGUUUAUUGUUUCUUAUUUGCGUAAAUAAUAAUAACAUUACAAGUUUUUAUAAUGCGGUGUGAGCUUUGCGGUUCUAAUCAACGAGAUGUAAUACAAUAUGGUCACUUUAUCGGCAAGCAAAACAUAAUGGUGCAUACAAAUUGCUUGUUCUUUUCUUCUGGACUACAAGGGCUUCGUGAUGAGUAUGGGGUUUACAGCUUCUUACUAAAUGAAAUUUCAAAUCAACGCAGACUUUUCAAUGGAAGGAAUUGCUGCUAUUGUAAAAAGAACCUUGCAAAUAUAAGUUGCAGUCAUAGUGGUUGUCAACGUACUUUUCACUUCAUUUGCGGCCUACAAAAUGGGACCAGAAAUCAAUUUGUGCCACCCUAUCGUUCGUAUUGUCAUCGGCAUGUUAGGGUGCCCAAGUAUCGUCCAAAAGCGAAUGAACUUUGCUGUAUUUGCUAUGAAAACAUUUUUGCGAAAACUACUAAAUUUAAUCCAGCGACAAUGCUGCGCUCGCCCUGUUGUCGCAAAUAUUGGUUUCACAAAUUGUGUUUGCAAACGUAUGCACACUCAGCUGGCGAUUUGUUUAGAUGUCCACUAUGUAAUAAUAAUGAUAACUUUCUAACUACUAUGCGCUAUUGGGGUGUGUUUGUUCCGGAAGCUAUUGGGCAUGUUGAAUUACUACAAAAUGUAUAUGCAAUCGUAGAAGAAGAAUUACCGAGAUGUUUAUUUGAAGAUGGGUAUAUAAAUUCAUACCAUGGUAUAAGGUACGAUGAUUUAUACCUUCCUAAAUCUGAAAGCAAAGGCUUGAUGUGGUUCAGCUGGUUCAUCGAGAAUGUGAUCUCUCAUCCUUUUAUUGUAUUGCGGCAACAAUGUCAAGUUAACAUCGUAGCCCUAAGGUUUCAUUUACUGCCUUUUUCAUUGGUGCCAAUCAUAAUACAACUGUAUUCUCGUCAAGGUGCUGCAACAUUUUGGAAAGGUCUUGGUUGUAGCCUUAUUUUAAAAGGCAUUUCAUGGCUGGUAGGAAAGUACACUUUCACAGGCGAAACGUCGUUAAUUGCUUGUGUAAUACGCCAAUGUAUCGAAGCUGCUACACUUGUACUAAAAAGAAGUUGUUUAAUGAGCACUGUAGGAAGUAUACUGGUACCCCAUCUCAGUUCGAAUAGCUGCAAACAACAGAUAUCGUUAAAAUCACUAUUUUUUCCUUACAUGUGUAUGGAAAUUGCUAAAUAUGAAUUUAGAGCGCUUGUAAAAGUCUCUACUUUAGCUAUUUUGCGUAAGAACAGAUUGUGUGCAACAUGGGAGUUGGAGAACCAAAAAAUGGAAAUUAAAUCUGAUCUGAUUGCACGCAUUAUUACCGAGGUUGCAUUUUAUCCGUUGGAAACCAUUCUGCACCGCCUUCUACUACAGGGUACGGACACUAUUAUUGAUAAUCUCGAUAAUGGUAAGAGUAUGCAAAAGCAAUUAACGUAUUAUCAAGGGAUCGGAGAUUGUUAUAAUACCAUUGUAAGUAUGGAAGGUUACACAGGGCUUUACAAAGGUUUUGGUGCCUUAUUUAUGCAAUUUUCUAUGCAUACUGUAAUUUUGAAUGUUGGAAUGUGGAUAUUUUCUUAAAUAAAAUAUCUAGCGAUAAGCAUGUAUAUGAACAAUUCUAACUAGUUAAAACGUUCUUAUAUAAAAAACAUGUACAACAAAACAUAUUUCAAUUUCUAAAGUUAAAAGUUUACUUUCAUUUUUCUAUUGUAGUGCGUUCAAAGUGUUUUGUUUAUAUAUUUAAGUUAGUUAUGUGUGUAGAAAAGCUUUACUUUUCUAUUGUAAACAAGAGUACUGAAUAAAUACGAUUAUUGUUUUUGAA